AUGAAAACUUUUCCAAAUAUUUAUAAGAUUAUUAUUUUACUUAUUAUACAAAACGAAAUAAAUGUAAUUCAAGGAACACGUACUGUUGAAUUUCGUUCAGGUUGUUCAAAUUUUAGUGCAAAAUAUUUCUCAAACUUUACUCUGAAAACCGUAAAUAACACAAUUAGUCUUGAUAUGUAUAUAAUACAACCAUUAAAGAGCGGUUUUAAAUCCUAUUUCGAGUUCCAAGUGCGUUUAUCAAACUCGAAAAACUAUCAGAAACUCUUCAACUAUCAGGUUGAUGUCUGCAACAUGGUUGCGUCCCUUAAAGAAUCUCUUUUUAAGAAGUGGUUCGCUAGCUUAAGACGAUAUGGCAACUUCGUGAGGAACUGCCCCGUACCUGAAGGUCACUACUAUAUAAAUAACUGGAGUUGGGAUUCCAAUUUGAUACCAAGUUUUUUGCAUUCUGGUGAAUACCGUAUAAAAGGAUAUGGAUAUUAUGGAACAUAUAAAAGUAAAAAUGAAGUUAUGGUGGUUGAUUAUGAAGUUGAAAUUAAUAUUGUAUAA